CACAAAUACAUUUCUGCGCGACUGCGUCAUCGUCGGCAUUUAAAGCUUUCCUGGCGUUUGUUGAACGACUUUACGCAUGUAAAAUGUACAAGCGCUUAAGAGUUAUAUUGUAAAAUUACAUGUUGCUGUUUUAUCGGCAACUGUAAAUUUCUUCGCAGAAAUACAGUAAAUUAUUUCCGGUUAAGAAAGGCGCUGAUUAUGUGUGGAUUUGUGUGCCGAUUAACGCGAGGCCUACACGUCGUCUUGUGUCGGACUGGCAUGUUGAGUAAAGCCGGAGUUCUGAGGAUUUUUUCUCAGACUGAGCUCGGCUCCUUCGCCCUAACGAGUCGGUUUUCAUGGAAUGUUAUCGCGAACACGUCUACUUUUCCGAGGGGCUUUUCUCACACCGUCGCCUUGAAUACAGCCGUUCUGCUUAGGGCACGGAGAAUGACAGAGAAGCCGCCUGCGAAGCACUGCUGCAGUGCUGGCGUUGGCACGGGAGAGAGCUGUGCCUCAUCACCUCAUGUUAAGAGGGUGGCAAUAGAGGGCAACAUCGCUGUAGGGAAGUCGACUUUUGCCAGGAUUCUGCAGGCGGAGAAUAAACAUUGGGAGAUUACUCCUGAGCCCCUGAGCGAGUGGCAAAACAUACAAACAACUGGUGAGCCAAGCAAAAAAUCUCAACAGAAUGUCAGCAAUUUACUUCAGAUGAUGUACCAGGAUUCCUCACGCUGGUCUUACACAUUCCAGACCUAUUCCUGCAUGAGUCGCAUCAAAGCCCAACUCAAGCCUGUGUCAAGUAGACUUCUAAAUUUAGUACAGCCAGUGCAGAUCUUUGAGAGAUCAGUCUACAGCGACAGGUAUGUGUUUGCACUGAACAUGUUUAACAUGGGCUCCAUUAACGACACAGAGUGGGCCAUUUAUCAGGACUGGCAUACCUUUUUGGUUCAGGAAUUUGGGAAAAGGCUUGAACUGGAAGGCAUUAUCUACCUACGAGCUCAGCCCCAGGUGUGCAAGGAGAGGCUGAGCCGUCGAGCCCGACCAGAAGAGAAGGGCAUUACGCUUGAAUACCUGGAGACUUUACACACCCAGCAUGAGAACUGGCUGGUUCACAAAAGUACCCAGGUGCACUUUGAACACCUCAGAAAAGUCCCUGUCCUUGUCCUUGAUGUUGACGAUGACAUUCAAAACAAUCGAGAAUACAAAAUGCAAAUUAUUACUCAGGUGAAGAAUUAUGUUUCCUCUCUCUGGGCUUCAUGAUAUAACAUGUGUCUGUGCAUGACAAGCUGGAUACUUGACCACAGUUGCUGUGGACGUUAGUAGUUCUCAUGUUGAGAAGGACAGAGGUGUUUUUUUUUUUUUGCUGCUUGGCUGGAGCAAAUUGGGAAUGCAGCCCACAUAGGGACGUGUUUAAAAACGGGGGAUUGUGCUGAUGACCAAAUCAGGUUUAGGUGGUCUGAUUGUCUCUACUCACUUAAUGUCCAAUACAGCAGGAUCAGACGCAAGUGUAACAGUGUCCCAGCGCCUUCCCCAUGGUGUACUUUAUUUUGGGGUGAUACCCUACACUUUAUGGUGAUGUGCCAUUACUGUCAGGUCUGGUCUUGCCUGUCCUCAGAAGAAGUUACUUUCAGAUGCCAUCUCUACCAGGGUGUGUGUGUUUUUUAUUAAUUUUUUGAUGUCUACUCACUCCUUUCCUUUGCAAAUAAUUAACAACUUACAUAGCACAUGACAUUUAUAGCCUCCUGUUUAUUGAAUGAGAGAAAAAAUAUGAUGGGACAGGAUGGUCCACAGUGACAGCUUCUCCAAAGACAAUUUUACCUAACGCAUUUCACUUACUUGCUUAAUUUAUUUAACUUUACCUAGCAUCAUUCUGUUAUGCUGUUUUGUGUAAUUAUUAUUACCUCACUUAUUUUAACUUCACCUGUUUGUUGUCUGGUACAAAUCUUGUAAUCGAUAUUUAACCCACUUCCUAUUGUCCAAGUGACUUGACAUUUUGCACACUUACUCACAUGAAUCAAUAAUCAGUUUCAUUAAUUGAUCAAUUAAUUCAUGUUAAUCAAGAAAUGAAAUUUUCAUUUGAAGAAUAGUUCAAGAUUUCACCAAUAGAUGGUGCUAGUAACAGACAGAAAUAUUAAAGGAAGUGGUAAAAUAUUGAUUUCAAAAUUAUACUAAAACAAACCCAAGCCUAAAAAGUUGAAAAUAAUAUAUAUAAAAAAUACUUUUUAAAAACCACUUAUAUUAAGUUAAAAAGUGUACUAAAAAGUAAAAAAUAAGUCUCUUAUACAUCACUCGUAAAAUAAAAGGUGGGCGCUUUAGUGAUGUAUAAG